AAAAAGGAGCAUGGAGUCAUGUUAAUGGACAUCGAUCAUUAUUAUUUCACAAUAAUAUUUGUAUAAUAUAAAUUAAUCAACUGUUUUUUCAUUGUAAACCAUUAAGUUCCUAUUAUUUAGUUACAUAAUAAAGUUAUAUUAAAUCGAUUUUCUUAUGAUAAGUGAAAAGCCGCUCGUCAGGUUAUUUUAUUUUUUUACGAAAAUUGUAUCUGCGAUACACUUGUAUAAUAUUUUGGAAGAAAGCUUAUAAUGUUUGAAGAAUGAAGUGCCACUACGAAGUUUUGUGCGUUACGCGGGAGGCAAGCGCAUCAGAAAUAAAAAAAGCUUAUCGACGUCUUGCACUGCAGUGGCACCCCGAUAAAAAUUUAGACAAUUUGCAAGAGGCAAAAGAGCAAUUUCAAAUAGUACAAAAUGCCUAUGAAGUACUCUCCGACCCUCAAGAAAGAGCAUGGUACGACAACCACCGAGAGCAAUUAUUGCGUGGUGCAGGCAGUUCCUAUAAUGAUGAUAGUCUUGAUGUUUACCCUUACUUUAGUCCGUCCUGUUAUAAAGGCUUUGGUGAUGAUCCCCAAGGUUUCUAUGGAAUUUAUUCUGAGGUAUUCUCCAAAUUGGUAUCUGAGGAAGCAAAUUUUCUGGAUGAUCCAGAAGAUGUUGACAAAAUUCCAAAAUUUGGAAACUCAGAAACUCCUUACGAAGAUGUGCAUGAAUUCUAUGCUUAUUGGAUGGCUUUCUCCACUAAUAAAAGUUAUGUUUGGUUAGACCAAUAUGAAAUAUCUCAAGGUGAUAACCGUCGAGUUAUCAAGUUGAUGGAAAAGGAAAAUAAUAAAAUAAGGCAGAAGGCUCGCAAGGAAAGAAAUGAGGAGAUCAGAAGGCUAGUGAGUUUUGUUCGCAGAAAGGAUAAGCGUGUUAUUGAACAUACCAGACAGCUUCAAGAAAAGGCUGAAGAAAAUAAAAAAAAGGCGGAGCAAGUUAGAAAAGAAAGAAUAAUACAAAGACAGAAAGAAAUAGAAGAAGCUAAAAAGAAAGAAGGAGAGUCUUCAUUUCUUCAAAAUGAGGAUUACCAAAAGAAACUUAGUGAAAUUGAGUCAUUGUUGGCAGAAGAAUUUGGAUUAUCCUCAGAUGAUGACACUAUUAGUGAGGGAGGAAUGGAAAGCAGCAAUGAAGAAAGUUCAAAAACUGAAGAAGUGAGUGAAACUUCAAGGGCAACAAAAUCAUCAGCUAAAAGUAAAUCAGCUAUCAAGAAUUUGUACUGUACAGCUUGUAAUAAGCUAUUCAAAAAUAUAAAUUCAUUUGAAAAUCAUGAGAACAGUAAAAAACAUAAAGAGAAUAUUGCCAAUAUGGCUUUGGAUAAUGACAUUGAUAUCUCUGAUGCUGAAGAAGAUGAAGAAAGGCAGGAGAGUCCAUGUAAAAACAAAGAACAGAAAAUUAACGGACAGACUGAGGAGGAAGGUGAUGAAAUGGAAAAUUCAACAUCUGACAUAGAAGAUAAUGACAUAAGAGAAACUUUAAGCGAUGAUUCUGACAAAAUACAGGCUUUACCCAAAAGUCAGAAAAAAAAGAAAAACAAAAAGAAGUCUUUCAUACCAAUGCCUGAAAGUGAAGGCAAUGAUAGUCAUGACGAAAUGAGUUUUAAUGAAAUAGAAGGACCAUCAAGGAGUAGGAAAGCUAAAAAGUUUAAUAUGCUCAAGAGUCAAAUUCAGGCCAAGAAAGAAGCAAAUCUCAAGAAAGGCUCACAGUCUCAAACGUCAACAGAGAAUUUAUAUGAAGUUUCGAGCACAACACCUACGGAUGAUGCCUUAGGUGAAGUAGGGUUGCCACGGGACAGACCCUCUUUACCAAAGACUCAAAGAAAUAUAAAACCUAAAAAAUUAGUUGAAAGGAAACCAGUCCGAACAAAAGCUAGUGAAACUGAAGAUUCCAGUAGUGCACUGAAUCUUAGAUGUGUUGUUUGCCAAGCAGAUUUCCAGUCAAAGAAUAAAUUGUUUGACCAUUUAAAAAAGACAGGUCAUUCUAUACCACUUCCUCACACUAGCAUCACUCAAAAGAAGGGUAAGAGGGGUAAUAGGUAAAAUGUGCAAUGAAUUAGAUAGGAAGAGAAGUAUUAAUUAUUCACUGAGAAUCAAAAGAUUUUCUUUAAAAAUCCUUACAAAAUGUAAAAUGACUUUAUCAAUCUAUUUAUUAAAUUUAUGAUCACUCAAUAAAGUAUGCCUAAU